GGAGCGGGAAUCUUCGUUGCACCAGUGACUAAAAAGAGAAUUAAAUAUGGGUGAUGUUGAGAAAGGCAAGAAGAUUUUUAUUAUGAACUGUUCCCAGUGCCACACCGUUGAAAAGGGAGGCAAGCACAAGACUGGGCCAAAUCUCCCUCGUCUCUUCGGGCGGAAGACAGGUCAGGCCCCUGGAUACUCUUACACAGCCGCCAAUAAGAACAAAGGCAUCACCUGGGGAGAGGAUACACUGAUGGAGUAUUUGGAGAAUCCCAAGAAGUACAUCCCUGGAACAAAAAUGAUCUUUGUCGGCAUUAAGAAGAAGGAAGAAAGGGCAGACUUGAUAGCUUAUCUCAAAAAAGCUACUAAUGAGUAAUAAUUGGCCACUGCCUUAUUUAUUACAAAACAAAUGUCUCAUGACUUUUUUAUGUGUACCAUACUUUAAUAGAUCUCAUACACCAGAAUUCAGAUCAUGAAUGACUGACAGAAUAUUUUGUUGGGCAGUCCUGAUUUAAAACUAAGACUGGCUUGUGGUUAAAUGAAUAUGUUCAGUUUUUGAAUUUUAAUAGUAAUUCCAAUUCAGUAAAUGCUAUCACUGUUUACCCCUUCUAAAGA